AGACCUACCAGGAAGACCAGGGUAAGCAGGAGGAUAGCUCUGGUCAUUUUUGAAGUUAGCAUACGAUCUGUGAGUAACGCUAGUGCUGUCAGUCAAUCAUGUUGAAAUUAUUUCAAUGUUGCGAUUUGAAUCGCACACUGACGUUUUGCUGAUUUUUGAUUCGAAGUCUUUUCACUUGCUUCGUUCUGGUAAAGAUCUUGGUCGUUUUUAGCCUCUUUCGUUUUCCGCCAUAAAGAAAAUUCACCGUCUUCUGAUUUUUCCCUUAUCGCUGUCGCUCGCUGUACUUCCUUCUUCUACGGCUCCUAUAAUUUGUUUCGCUUUGGCAUUAGAAGUGGCGCAACUAGUCUAAAGUUAGUAUCAAAAAAUGUCGUCUGGUCCGGGGGCAGCCGCAGUUUCUGGUGAGGAGAUCACCAAGUCGAUCGCCGAAUGGCAAGAGGAGCGUCGGCGUCUUGGUUUGAAGCCUCUCCGGAUAGACGAUGGAGAAGGCAAUGCCGCUCAGGGCUCGAGCGACGCCCCUCUUGAUCACUGGCAAGAAAAACAGAAACGCGACACCGAACGUCACGAUCACAAGAAAGACGCGGAAAAUGAGAAGAAAAAAAGGUAGUGGUCGUUGUAAUUAAAUGUGAACAUAAUUGGGUGGAUUAGCCUCCAUCACAUUUUUGUCAUAAAAAUGGGUUCAUGUUCACUGCUUCUUGAUGCAUAGCAUGUUAAAAAUGACUCGAAAUAGACGAUUCUCCUUGUUAAACAAUCAACAGAGAGCGGGCCAAGCUAGCGACCGGUAAGGGUCUCGGAGAUUUGCUAGCUGACGAUGACAACGACAUAGGCGCUUGGGCAGCCAGCCAUCAGAAAAGUGCCAGCUCAAGGCAUCAGCGAGACGACACAAGGAGGGACCGGGAUCGCACGCGAAGGCGCGACGAGCCAGCCUCCUCGUCCUCAAACACUACGGGGCUGGAGAAUUUUAGGGUAAAUGAGAAUUUGCCUUUAUACUUUUGCUUUUACACAUGGACUUUCGCAGGUUUAUGUUGAAGCAUGGUCGAAAAUUACUGACAUGAUUAGAAGAUCUUCUAGUACCUCAAUCUUUCUCGUACAAAAAUGAUCUCUCGUAUUCAUUGCAGGUAACACACGACAUGGGAGACUUUGAGGAGGGUUCAACAGCUAUCUUGACUCUAGCAGACGAACGCGUUUUGAACGCGGAUGGCACGAUAAAUGAAGACAUGGAUAUGCUUGAGGACAUAAAUAAGACGGAUGCUUUCAAACUGGUACAACUUCAUUUUUGAUUUAAGUAGCAUGGCUCAUUAGUUCUUCAAUCGCUACUUUUGAUUCAAGUACCAUGGCUUUUGAUUCAAGUACCAACUUCAUUUUGACCAUUAGUUCUCGAAAACAAAAGAUCGUCGCAGUUCUAAGUCCAUUGUCGAGGAGGUAUUGUUUUUCAAUCUUCUAGUUUCAACGUGUUAGUGUUUACAUUUUCAUUUUUUAUCCCAGCAUUCAUCCGACGUCAAAUCUUUUCUAUACAGAAACGUCGAGAAGAGCAGAAGAAGCGGAAGCAUGACUAUGAUCCAAGUCGGGGGUAUCACGGUGACCAGAACACUGGAGAGAUUCUGUCGAAAUAUGAUGACUUGCCUACUCGAGCAGAGGGCUUCACACUGGGUGAGGGCUUUAGCGCAGCAGCUGAGAAACGCUUAGCGGCCAUGGCCGCGAACUCAGCCGACUUGAAUCCGGACGGCCCAAAGUUUCAAGUUGAUAUGAUGAACCAGCAAGAGGAGGUGGUUUUUCGCAAGAAAAUUGCGAAACAAGCCAAAAAGCGACAAGCACAAGCGCAGAAGCGGUCUAUUCUUGACGACGAGGACGACCUAGGACAGCCGAAAAAGAAAAUGGUGCUUCAUCUACUUCUAACUCUAAGAAGGAUAUAGCAUGAAUCUUUCUGGUUUUUUGUUUUUGAAAAAUGUACUAGUACUUACUCACUCGCUGACAUUCCACGUAGACCUCUUAGUAGAGCUUCUCCUGUUUGUUAUCCAAUCAUGUUAAAUUUUCCUCAACAAACAGAAAUUCGCUUGGAACGCGGAUGUGGAUAGUGACGAAGACGAUCCUGAGCUCUACGAGCAACUUCGAAAGCAGAAGACUGCAGCGGACGUUAGAAAAAAAGAGGAGAAGCGCACAAAGGAUACGAAAGAAAAGAACAAAUACUUGUCGAAGGGUGCGGAGGAAGCUUUUGUUGCCGAGGCGCCGCCCGAGAGCGCACUUGUAGUUAGCGCGACGACAGAGUUCUGCAAGACCGUGCAGACACACGAAGAAAAGGACAACAGAACCAAGAAGGAGACUUUUACGGGCAUGUCUUUGUUCAAGCAGGAGCAGGCACAAAAGCUGAAACUGCACGAAGACGUCGUGUUGGGACAAGGAGCGACCAUAGCCAACGACGCGACGACGAUGGGGUCUUCGUCCUCCUCGUCCUCCGCCGGGAUCAAGCACGGAGACGCGACUUCAUCACUGGCGGAGCAGUUGCACGAGAGACCAUUGGACGGCAGUGUAUCUUCCGCCUUGAUGUAUUUGCGCGAACGCAACGGCUUCGGCAAGGACCAGUUUAAUCACCACAAACGAGAAAUCGUCGAGGGUGGUGUGCUAGAGAUGGACACGCAAGACGGCGACGUCCGCAUCGACUACCGCGACGAGUUUGGCCGUAUCAACACCGCGAAAGAGCAAUUCCGUCAGAUUUCAUGGAAUUUCCACGGUAAAAAACACGGGGGAAAGAACGCAGAGCGGCGUAAGCAGAGGCUAGAACAAGAAAACCGCGUCAAAAAGAUGGACAUGAGUGCUCCUCCCACCCUCAAAGCAUUACAGGCAGUCCAAAAGAAGGACAACAAGGCAUACAUCACACUUGGGUAG